GCCCGUAGUAACCCGGAGUCUGCGGAAGUGCAGCUGCAGCACUGGCGGCUGAGACAGGUAACUUCUGUCAGUCAGCUGCUUCCGGUCACGCAGACCCCUGGGGAAACUGAAAGUUGUGGAAACAUAACUUGUGAUUCUGAAUGAUUAGAGGAGAUAGGAAGCCACAGCUGAGAUUCAGCAAAGACACCAACUGCAGACUGCACCAUGGACAUAAAGCUGGACCCUUCCCGGGACGAUCUGCCUCUCAUGGCCAACACCAGCCACAUGCUUGUGAAGCACUAUGUACUGGAUUUGGAUGUGGAUUUUGGAAGUAGAGUCAUUGAGGGUACUAUAGUUCUUUUCUUUGGAGAUGGAAACAGAUUUAAAAAACAGACGAGUUCCACCCAGAAAACCUUCCAGAUGGAGUCAGAGGAAGACUGCACAUUUGGGACAGCUGAACCCUGCGAUGUUCCUGAGGUGGAUGCAAGUACCUAUUCACCUCAGGUGGGGUAUAGUGAAUUUGCAGUCUGUGGUAAAGGUGAUCAAGAUGCCUUCAAUAACGAUGGUAACCAUGACAACUGGGAACAUGAUUCUGAGAUCUCUAGCUCAAAGUACUGCUGUGACACAGAGAAUCAUGGGAGAAAGGAUUUCUUACUAGUGUUGGACUGCUGUGAUUUAUCUGUGCUAAAGGUAGAAGAGGUGGACGUGGCUGCUGUGCCAGGACUUGAGAGAUUUACAAAGGCUCCCAAGCUCACAGCUACUCCUGAGAAGCGCAGGCGUGAGAUUGUCCAUGACCUUGUGGCUCUGCCUGCAGAUGGUUGGAGGGAGCAGUUAGACUGCUACACUCGCUGCAGCCAGGCUCCUGGCUGUGGGGAGCUCUUCUUUGACACUGACAGUUGGAGCUUACGGAUCAGGAAGACAGGUGCUCAGACAGCUGCUGACUUUCCUCAUGCCAUCAGGAUACGGUAUAAAACUAAACCCGAGGGGCAGUCAGUGACUUGGACCUCAGACCAGAGUGGCAGGCCGUGUCUUUAUACUAUGGGAUCCCCCAUCAACAACAGGGCCCUUUUUCCAUGCCAGGAACCACCUGUUGCCAUGUCAACAUGGCAGGCUACAGUUCGAGCAGCUGCAUCUUUUGUUGUUUUAAUGAGUGGGGAAAAUUCUGCCAAGCCCACCCCACUUCGAGAAGGGUGCAUGAGCUGGUACUACUACGUGACCAUGCCAAUGCCAGCCUCCACCUUCACAAUUGCAGUGGGAUACUGGACAGAAAUGAAGCCCAAGACAUCCCCAUCAGAUGAUCUUGUGACAGAACGCCCCCUCCCACUUUCGAAAGCUGACUUCAGGUAUGCUGAAACCUGCAGUCACGUAGAAUACCCCUGCCGAUUCCAGAAUGCUUCUGCUGCCACCCAGGAGAUCAUUCCUCACCGAGUGUUUGCCCCACUGUGCCUUGAGGGUGCCUGCCAAGAGGCCCUGCUGUGGCUGAUCCCUCCUUGCCUCUCAGCUGCGCACUCUGUCCUGGGAACACACCCUUUCUCCCGGCUGGACAUACUCAUUGUCCCUGCCAACUUUCCAAGUCUGGGAAUGGCCAGCCCACACAUCAUCUUCCUCUCUCAGAGCACCUUGACAGGCAUGAGCCAUCUCUGUGGGACCCGUCUCUGUCAUGAAAUUGCUCAUGCCUGGUUUGGCCUAGCCAUCGGGGCCCGAGACUGGACGGAGGAGUGGCUCAGCGAAGGGUUCGCCACUCACUUGGAAGAUGUAUUUUGGGCUGAAGCACAGCAGCUGCCCCCUCAGGAGGCCCUGGAGCAGCAGGAGCUGAGGGCUUGCCUGCGCUGGCGUCGCCUGCAGGAUGAGCUGCGGAACUCCCCGGAGGAAAUGCAGGUGUUGAGACCCAACAAAGAGGAGACUGGCCAUGUGAGUGCUUCAGGUGCAUCUGUUGUCAAGCAUGGACUCAAUCCAGAGAAAAGCUUCAUGCAGGUUCAUUACUUAAAGGGCUACUUCCUUCUUCGAUUCCUAGCCAGAACACUUGGAAAGGAAACUUAUUUUUCAUUUUUAAGGAAAUUUGUACACCUGUUUCAUGGCCAGUUGAUUCUUUCACAGGAUUUCCUUCAAAUGCUGUUGGAGAACAUUCCAGAAGACAAAAGGCUCGGCCUGUCUGUUGAGAACAUCGUCCGUGAUUGGCUUGAGUGUUCCGGAAUACCCAAGGCGCUGCGGGAGGAGCGCGAGGCCGAGGACUGCGCACCGAGUGGGCUGACAGGACGAGUGGGCUCGGAGGUGGCGAAAUGGAUUCGUGUGAACCGCAGACCCCGAAAACGCAAACGAGGGAAGCAAGAAGUCGCCUUUGAAAAGCUUACUCCAGACCAGAUCGUCUUGCUUUUGGAGUAUCUCUUAGAACAGAAGACCCUGAGCCCCCAAACACUGCAACGCCUCCAGCAGACGUACCACCUCCAGGAGCAGGAUGCAGAGGUUCGCCAUCGAUGGUGUGAGCUGGUCAUUAAGCACAAGCACACAAAAGCAUAUGAGCAGGUGGCGAGGUUCCUGCAGGAGGAUCAGGCCAUGGGCGUAUACCUAUAUGGGGAGCUGAUGGUAAGCGAGGAUGCCAGGCAGCAGCAGCUUGCCCACAGGUGUUUUGAGCUGGUGAAGGAACACAUGGACAGAGCCUCAGCCCAGGUGGUGUCCGAAAUGCUGUUCUAAAGAGGAUAGAUCACAGUGAGACUCCCUUUCAUAUGCCUCCUCCUGUCCCUGGUGAGGCCAGGACUGCACUGACCCUGGACAUCAAAGGAGGAUUAUGUGGCUGCUAAAGCCAUCAGCCCACAGCAGCGGUCACUCGAGUCUCGGUCUUCUGUUUCCCAGAGACUGGACUCCCGUGGCAUAUAUAAAAGGCGGAGCCUCGUAAACUGUUGCACCUGGCAGCUGCCUUUGUUCCCAGCCCUGGAGAGACUGGGUCUAACACUGGAACUGAGCUGUGACUUUAAGGCAGUUGUUCAAAGAAUGAAGGAUACCCUCCCCUAGGCAGAUGGGGAACUGGCUGCCUGCUUCCUGUGACUGCAAAAACUAGCUGCCGUGGUCUGAGAUGACAGCAUCAUGGGAGACCUCCCAUGGCUGGUCCCCAAGGAUUCUGCAGAGUCCUUUUGAUGUGUUCAGUCAAUAGAACCUUUCUGUUUUUGAAAAUGCAGAAAAGCCUAAGAUGUCUUAAUAAAGUAUCGGAUUUGCUGGUAUUCCUGUUUGCUUCUGAACUUGAUGCUGCUUUAAAAGCAAGGAAGAGCAUGUGUCAGAAUAGGCACUUUCCACACGUUCUCUCCUUUUCUACCCCCAAAUCUCUGGGGAGACCUCCAGGUGUUGUUAAUUCUGAGAAAGCUGAAAGUAAAAGGAAUUAAUGUGGUGUGGGACUCAACUCUCUUCCAAAAUGUGGAGUCUCGGCCAGUCUGACACUAUGGGAGUCUCUGGUGAGACCAUUUUUUUUCUUUCCUUUGAAUAUUAACAUAUAGAACAAGCUCUAAGAAGCUUCCAGUUUCUGUCCAGAGAAAGAUGCUUGAGACUGCCAUGGGUGCAGUCACAUGUGCCCGGACAAGGUUGAGCCAUAUGAAAAGGAACUGGAAGGAACGUUCUAUUGCCUGGCUGGGUUCUACAUUCAGGCCUGCUGGGUGAGGAUGCUCUAGGACAGACUGAGAAAAGCAUUGGCAAAGAAUCCUUGGUCUUGAGAGCCUGGGUCAUACCAGUGCCUGCAUUGUGGAUGGUUACGGAGGACUUGCAGAUGGUUAUCCACUUUGUAUAUUGUGAUCGUAGAAGAAUCAAAAUGUGUUCAAUCUGACUUGAUAUUAUACUGCUUUCUGUGAAGCCUUGAAAUAAACGGCUGAAUCUGUG